GCCGCCGCGGGACACGCUGGACUCCCCCAUGGAGCCGGAGGCCGGGGGGCCGCGGCGCGGCUCCCUCUGCGACCGCCGCUGCGCCGCCAUCAACAACGCGCACGGCGACCUGGGCGAGCUGCCCUCGGGCUCCCACCUGCCCCACGGCCUCGCGGCCCCCCGCGUCCUGCCCGGCAUCGCCUGCCCGCAGCACUCGGACGAGGGGCCGCUGUGCGAGAGCUGCCCGGGCAAGACCACCCUGACGGCCGAGAACGCCGUGGAGGCCAACAAGCUCUCCAACAACUACAAGUUUGGCUUCAAGAAGUGGAAGAGCCACGUGACGGAGCGGCCAUGGGAGGACCGCUCCGAGAUCGUGAAGGAGCUCUACUCCGACCUCAAUGUCAUCAAGGGCUCCGCAGGCUCCACGGUGACGUGUGGCAACGUGCUCUACGUGCUGCUCUUCGGCUGGUGGCUGGCACUGCUCUACGUCGUGGUGGCCGCCGUGAUGUUCCUCACCGUGGUUGGGGCUCCCUAUGGGCGGCUCUGCUGGGACCUGGCCGGCUACUUCCUCUGGCCCUUCGGCAAAGUGAUCCAGCGGCUGGAGGAAGCGGGGGGUCCCGCGGGGGGCGCGGGGGGCCCUGACGCCCCCGCCGCGGCCGCGGGCGCCCGGGAGACUUCGGCGCUGCUCGGCGGCCCCGCGCCCGCCCGCUGGCGCCCGCCGGCGCCCGGCUCCCGGCGGCGCGCGGCGGCGGCGGCCGCCUGGCUCUGCCUGGGCUACCCGCCGCUGGCGCUGGCCCACGCGCUGCUCUGCUUCGCCGCCUGGCUCCUCGUCUUCUUCAUCCCCGUGGCCAAGAUGAGCGCGCGCACGGCGCGCCGCGUGCUGCUGCUGCCCCCGGAGCGCGUGUGCGUCCGCCGCCUGCGCAUGACGGAGGUGCCGCUGGAGGCCGAGGUCAUCCUGUGCUGCUACCGCGCCGUCAACGCCUACUACUACAAGUACACGGUGGACGGCAUCAACGUCUUCGCCGUCAACCUGCUGCCGCUGGUGGUGGUGACACUGGUGCUGGGCUACGUGGACGAGCGCAACCGGUUGACGAGCUCGCCUGUGAAGUUCACGCUGGCCCUGCUCUCCAUCAUGCCGCUCUCCUACUACAUUGGCAUGGCCAUCGCCAGCAUCUCGGCGCAGAGCAACUUCGCGGUGGGGGCAGUGGUGAACGCCACCUUCGGCUCCAUCACGGAGCUCACCUUCUACAUCACGGCGCUCAUCAAGGGCGCCCGCGAGGGCAACAAGUGCUACGAGGAGAUCGUCAAGGCGGCGCUGACGGGCACCUUGGUGGGCUGCGUCCUCCUUGUCCCGGGCUUGUGCAUGGUCAUCGGAGGCAUCCGGCACCAGGAGCAGAGGUUCAACAGCCGCUCGGCGGGCGUCAGCUCGGCCCUGCUUUUUCUCUCCGUGGGAGGGGUCUUCGCCCCGACGCUCUUCUCCAAGGUGUACGGGAAGUUGGUGUGCGGCGAGUGCCACAACGUCACCCAGAACCCGCUGGGCCGCUACCUCUGCCACAGCUGCCACUUCGACUUGAUGCACAGCAACGGCACCCUCUACUACAGCCACGUCCAGCCCCUGGUGUACACGGUGUCCCUGCUGCUCCCCACGGCCUACCUCAUCGGCCUCUUCUUCACCCUGAAAACUCACUCGCACAUCUAUGACAUCCACAUCAGCGACUGCCACAUGCCCGGCCACCACCACAGCGCCGUGGUGCACUGGUCUCGGUGGAGGGCCCUGCUCAUCCUCCUGCUGUCCACGCUCUGCAUGUCGGCCUGCGCCGACCUGGCCACGGAGCACAUCAGCCCCAUCCUCACCAACUCCACCAUCUCCCAGUACUUCAUUGGGGUCACCGUGCUGGCCAUGGUGCCCGAGCUGCCCGAGAUCGUCAACGGCAUCCAGUUCGCUCUGCAGAACAACCUGAGCUUGAGCAUCGAGAUCGGGAACUGCAUCGCUGUCCAGGUGUGCAUGCUGCAGAUCCCCAUCCUGGUGCUCUUCACCAUCUUCUACCCCACCAACUUCACCCUGGUCUUCAGUGACUUGCACGUCUACGCCAGCAUGUUCAGCGUGGUUCUCAUGAACUACAUCUUCAUGGAUGGCAAGUGUGACUACUUCCAAGGCACCGUGCUGGUGAUGGUCUACUGCAUCCUCCUGGCCGUGUACUUCUUCGCACCGUCACCCAGCGGCUGCUGAGGCCGGGCCCUUGGGGGACAUCCCGUGUCCCAGAGAGGUGUCCGGGCUCUCGCUGCCGCCUGUGCCGGGAACGAGGCGA